AUGAACGAUCUGAGGGGCGAAGACCAGCAUCCGGCCGCGGAUGAGCGGGAUGUGUUCGAAGACGUCGAUGCUGUGGGGAUCGGAAUGGCCGACGAGGACGAUUUCGGCAAGGACGCCGGCGAGCGCCAGUCGUACGUGGACGCCAUAGCGGACCACCUCGAGCGCUCCAGGAUCGCCGAGGGCCGCACCACGGGCCAGAGCAACUCCAUGUUCCCGCUCGACGGCGACGAGGACGACCAGGAGAGCCGUGCGAGCGAGGACGCAGACACCGACGCCGCGGGCGGGCGCACCGGGACGGAGCACGAGCGCAGCAUACCCACGGACCCGCUGGCGUGCUCGCGGAAGGACCGCAGCCAGGCCCCGGACAGCGUCAUCUUCGACGAGCGGCACCAGCCCGCGGCCAUCUCGGCGUCCCUGCCCGCGCACCUCGUGCGCAGCAAGCCCGCCAAGGCCACGUCGCGCCCCGUCGUCGUCCCCUCGGGCGACCACGACGUCGUCGCGGACGCCAACAUCGACGAGGCCGGCUUCGUGCCCCCGCACAUCAUCACGGGGUCGGUCGCAGACGCCUCGCAGCUCCUGUCGUGCUCGUACUCGGCGCUCAAGGGGCGCGCCGCGUUCCAGCUGCGCCAGGAGGUGCUCCGGCAGACGGGCUUCCUCGAGAACGGCUCCGACGACGCCGCGUCGCAGCCCGGGAACCUCGGCGACGUGGGCGCGCCGGGGCGCAUGAGCGUCAUCACGGGGUUCCGCGUCCCGGGCGGCGCCGAGGGGAACUCGCACGAGACGUCCGCGGCGGCCACGCCGGACGGCGGCACGCCGACGAACCGCCCGGAGCGGUCGAGCGAGUCGGGCGGGCUCGAGGGCGCCGGGUCGGCCUCGCCGUUUGAGCGCGACGCGGCGCUGUCGAGCCUGAAGACGGUGCAGGAGCACGAGCCCCUGUCGAGCAGCCUCGGCGCGCAGCAGUGGGGCACCGGCGGGGCGAUCGCGCCGGCGCCCGCGUAA